GCACGAGAGGGCGCUGUAGCUUAAUUCGCGCGCUUAACAAAAAUUUGGUGCAGAUUGGGCCAGCUAGCUGUACGGGGAGAAAAUGUGUGCUUAAAAAAAUCCUACCUUAAAUACUACAACCGCCCUGCUGAUGUAUCCAGUUAAUUUUGGAAGUUUGGCUGAAGUGAGCAACAAUCACCAUGGAAGUAGCCAGCGGCAGCAUGAUCUUGCAUCCUGUCUUGGCCAAUGAGCUCAGGGCCUUGCUUGAAUCCAGUGGUUUUGAGACAGCCGGGGCCUUCUUGAAACAUCUUUUUGCUUUGGAGGAGCAGCACAGAUCUAAGCAGUGUUUGUCAACAGGGAUGGAAUGGGGUGGUGAUUUUGACAUCGAUCAAGCUGUAGGUCUAGUUGCUGCACAGCCACCGAAAACUGCUUCAGUUGGAGUUCAAGCUAAACUGUGCAGUUGCAGCGACAAGGUCAUUGUUAAGACACUACGUGAAAGAAGCGCUGUCAGGAUGUUUGAGACAAUUCAGAGAGGGGAUCUCCAAAAUGAAUCAACAUCUGACUCUGAGGAAGUCGAUCAGUCUGACUCUGAUGGUGUCUAUCAGGCCGACUCUGACGAUCGGUCUGACUCUGAUUACAGUGAUAUUGAGGAGAUGGAGGAAAAAGUUAGUUACAGCGGUAGAAAAGGAAAACAAAAAAGUAAGCACAAAAUUGCUCCUAAGCAGAAAACAAAGCAGAGAAAGGACGAUCAGGAAAUGGAUACCGUGAGCUCACCAAAAACAAAAUGGAGAAAGCCUGAUGAUGGAACAGAAAGUGUUAGCAAGCCCAAAAAGAAAAGAAAAAGGGCUAAGAACGCCAAGGAAUAUAUCCAGGAAGAGGGUGCAUUAUUUUCCUGCAAUAUCUGCGGAGCGGAGUUCACUCGUGAAGCUGAUAUUAAUCAGCAUGUGAACCAACACAGUGGGAGAUCACCUUAUUCAUCGACAGAUGAACCCCGCUACUUUUGCAAAGAAUGUAAAAGAUCAUUCAAAAACCAGGAGGGUAUGUGGCGUCAUAAAUUUACCCACACUGACUGGUACAAAGCAGCAGAACGAAUGUAUGUAGUGUGACACGGCGUACAUAUCAGCCAUUCACUGAAAGAACACUUAAAGAAGAUACAUGUAUGAGCAUCCCAGAGAAAAGCCUUUCACAAGUGUGAUCAUGUCAUCUCGUCAGUGCAACAAGGUCGUAUCUCCUAAAGUAAAAUGGCAUCAACGCAAAAUGCGAGUUUCAGAAUGUCAAAAGGUCGUAUGUGGCUCAAAAUAACCCGGAUGUACACGCAAAGUCAAUGGACGUCUAGAUACGAUGUUGUUGCACGGAGCGUAUACGCGCGAGAUACGACUUUGUUGCAGAAUGGACAUACGGCCUUGUUGCUCUGACACGACGACUUUAUUAAAUGUUCCUCACUGACUGUGCUCAAUAAAAUACAAUCAACAUCCGAUACUAGGGAAGGACAAAUGAAGCAUCAGUGAAAGUCUGUAUUAUAGAACCUGGGUUUAGGCAAUAAGCAUGUCUUUGCUGCCACAUGCACACGUGUUACAGUUUUCACCUUUAAAAGACAGAGCCUAGAGCACACAACAUAGCUGAAACAGCCAGAAGAGACCUGAAUAUGUUUAAAUGACAAACAUGUACUUUCUAGAGACUAUCAAGCACAGCUGAAAUCCAUGGGCAAGUUCGCGCAAGAACUAUUGUUAACCACAGUUUUACUAUAAGGUAGCCCGAACUCUGUCUAGUCAACGAUAGUUGGACUACGCUACUCGACUAUUUGGGACCAGCCUACUGGGCCCGACUGCAUCGCUGGUUAUCAAUAGCCUCAUUUGGUUACUUGAGUGGAGAGGGAACCAUUGACGAGUUUAAUUGUAGCGAGUUGUACCACCUGCUGGUGGGCCUCGGAGAUAUCUUCUGGUUCAUUCAACAGGACAAAAACCUUAAACAAUCCAAACAUACUCAUUACCGCCAUAUGUUGACAAUGGUUCUGCUAGUCAUUCGCACUUUAAAGUUUCAGCCCAUGCGCACUGUUUGACACCAACCAAUCAUUGGUUGACUAAUGGUUCUUGCGCGGACUUGCCCCGAACGGAAUUUUGUCCUGUUCAAUGGAAAAUAUUUGGUGCCCUCCUUUUUCAGGAGUCUUUGGCAAGAGGCAGAAUGCAGAUCUUGUGUGAUUAUUUCAGUGAAGUCUGAUCAGAGAUGUAUUAGAGAAGUAAAAAGUUACAUAAUAAAAUAAACAGAUACCUUGAAAGUUGGCAAAACUUCAUUAUGUUGAUAUUUUUUGGGAGCAUGUGACCUUUGACCUUGUCGCUCCCAAUUUCAAAGGCUCCCAAUGUUACAGCCAUAAGCCACUGGCUUGUGGCUACAGCCACUCCCCAUAGACGUGCAUGUGUUGCUCUCAGCCACGGCCAGUUGAUUGGAACACAGCCUUAUUGGGGCUAAGGCCAAGCUCACAAAUCAAUUUGAGUGAAGUCAUUUAAAGUGACAUUUGUUUCAUAGUUAAAAUUGUAUUUAACCAAAAUAAAAUUCAGUUGAAAAGCCAUGGUUAUUGUUUCUCAAUCUUCUUACUCUUUGUACAACUUCUUGUCAAACUGGAAAAUGGCACUGCAGGGCUCUCCUUUUUGUUAGAAAGUA